UGUGAUCAACCAUUUUGACGUGAAAUAAAUUACUACGUUUUGAUUUGUCAAUGAAAGUACAUAUGGUGUUAAAAAAAGCUGAAUUGUGGUUGUUUUGUUUUGCUAUGUUCUGAACAAUUUUCUGUUUCUAUUUCGUUAAGGUUUUGAUUUUAUAUUUAGAUUAAAUAAAUGAAAUAAUGAAUUUUCAUACAAUUUUAGCAGUAGUCUUUACUGUUAUAGGGUCAGUUUCCGUCGUAACCGUGUUAAUUUUGCUAGGCUGGUUUCUCAUUUGGAAAGCAUUUUUAUCAAAAUUCCGACUUGUACGUGAAUUAUUGGGUCAAGAAAACGGUGAUGAGGUGCAACCUAUAGAGCAGCAACCUCAUAUAAGAGCGAAAAAAAUACGCCGAGAUUAAUAUCAGUAAACUGUGAACAGUUCCACGAACAAUCGAAAAUAGGCAAAGUAGUUAAAAAUAACUUAAUCAAAUAACUUUAAGUCUUACUAAGAAUUUAUACUGAAAGUGCUACAACAUGAAUAUCCGCUGUGCUAAACCUGAUGAUCUGAUGAGUAUGCAGCACUGCAACUUGCUCUGUCUGCCUGAAAAUUACCAAAUGAAAUAUUACUUUUAUCAUGGGCUUACUUGGCCGCAGCUCAGCUAUGUUGCUGAAGAUGACAAAGGUAAUAUUGUAGGCUAUGUGCUGGCCAAAAUGGAGGAACCUGAACCUGGUGAAGAAAGUAAACAUGGUCACAUUACAUCAUUGGCCGUAAAACGGUCCUACCGCCGACUGGGAUUAGCACAAAAGCUGAUGAAUCAAGCCUCACAAGCGAUGGUUGAGUGUUUUGAUGCCCAAUAUGUUUCGCUGCAUGUGCGUAAAAGCAAUCGCGCCGCACUCAAUCUCUACACAGAUUCUUUAAAAUUCAAAAUAAUUGAAAUCGAACCGAAAUAUUAUGCCGAUGGCGAAGAUGCAUAUGCGAUGCGUCGUGAUCUUAGUGAAUUUUCAAAAAAAGAAAAUUCCGAGGAGUCGGCACUUGAUUCCAAAGCUAAUACAGCAGAUGGCGGUGAAAAGGAUAAAAUCAACUAUAGGCAAGCAAUCACGCAUGAUCACAGCGGGCAUGAUGGACAUUGUUGCUAAAGCAACGCGUUAUUAGAAUUUAAGGUGUUCCUAUGCAAUUCGGGUAUAAUUUUGUAUUUAUAUAUUUUUCGGAAUUUUUAAUAUCUCUCAAUAAAUUUGUAAUAGUCCUUGAUGGAUUUAUAAAUAUAAAAUAUGAGUAAUAUACAAUUUAUAGAUUUUUAUUUUGUAUUGUAAUUUGUUUUCGGUAACUAAUAAUAUGGAAAGUACUUUAAACAUG